AUGGAGAUGAGGAAGAUGGCGGCGGCAGUGGCUUCGCUUGCCACGCUGGCCACAGAACCUGGAGAGGACGCCUUCCGGAAACUUUUCCGCUUCUACCGCCAGAGCCGGCGGGGGACGGCGGACCUGGGAGCGGUCAUCGACUUCUCGACGGCGCACGAGGUCCGAGGCCCGAGGCCCGGCGUGCCCAAGGUGGUCAGAUUUCAUCUGAAUGUGUCCUCAGUGACUGACCAUGAUGCCACUAGGGUGGGACUUCAGCCUGUGAGCAAGUGGCAGGCCUAUGGACUUGAAGGCUACCCCGGAUUUAUUUUCAUCCCAAAUCCAUUCCUCCCAGGAUGCCAGUGGCACUGGAUAAAACAGUGCCUUAAGUUGUACUCCCAGAAACCUAAUGUAUGUAACCUGGACAAACACAUGGCUAAGGAAGAGACCCAAAGUCUGUGGGAACAGAGCAAAGAGUUCCUAAGGUCUAAAGAAGUGAAUAAACGGAGACCCCGAAGUUUACUAGAGAGACUCCGCUGGGUCACCCUGGGGUACCAUUAUAACUGGGACAGUAAGAAAUACUCAGCAGAUCAUUAUACACCUUUCCCUUCUGACCUGGCUUUCCUCUCAGAGCAAGUUGCUGCUGCCUGCGGAUAUCAGGGCUUCCAAGCAGAAGCAGGUAUCCUGAAUUACUACCGCCUAGACUCCACACUUGGGAUCCAUGUGGACAGAUCUGAACUAGAUCACUCCAAACCUUUGCUGUCCUUCAGCUUUGGACAGUCUGCCAUCUUUCUCCUGGGUGGCCUCAAGAGAGAUGAGGCGCCUACAGCCAUGUUUAUGCACAGUGGUGAUAUCAUGGUGAUGUCAGGUUUCAGCCGCCUGUUAAAUCAUGCAGUCCCUCGAGUCCUUCCACAUCCUGAUGGGGAAUGCCUGCCUCACUGCCUGGAGACACCUCUCCCAGCUGUCCUCCCUAACGAUUCACUGGUUGAGCCCUGUUCUGCCGAAGACUGGCAGGUGUGUGCCACCUAUUUGAAAACUGCCCGAGUUAAUAUGACUGUCAGACAGGUACUGGCCACAGACCAAAACUUCCCUUUAGAGCCCACGGAGGAGACAAAAAGAGACAUUACUACAGAUGGUUUGUGCCAUCUGGAUGACCAGAAUAGCCCAGUAAAACGGGCGAGGCUGAAUCCUGAUACCUAAGACUUAAGGGUUGUGUCAGGGCAGGCUUGUGUUGCCAUGCAGUCUAGCCCCAAGGUAAGCCACACAUAGGAGCAGGGAAGGAGUCAUCUGACAUGCUGCUGCCUGGACGCAUCUUAGAAAGUAAACUGAUGACAGUGUGCUCAGAGAAGUGUUAGACCAAGUCCAGUUCCAGCCCGAUGCAAGCAGGAAUGUGUUUGUCAUACCUCGUAGGUAUAAUAAUGAUCCACAUGGGAUUUCUCAGUCUCUGCUGUUAUCUCAGUGGGAAGAAGGAGUUUAUGUCUGGUGUGUCACUACCUCAAGGUUUAUUAAUAGGAAAUAGUGUCUUCCUCCCAGCAGUGAUUGUGAACCAGCAACCAGAAUUCCUAACUCCUAGUGGUCAUCAAAUUCUUUGAGCUCUUCACUCUUCUUUACUCUCUGAGGAAUCUUACGACAGUGGAAUUAAAGUGUUCUUGGGUGCUGGAGUUGCCACUAGAUUGGUAGGGCACAUGCCUACCAUGCACAAAGUCCUGAGUUCGGUGCCCUGUGCCACAUAAAUCAGGUACAGUACAGGGCUUCCCUGGCACUCCGAGGGUAAAGAAUCAGGAGGAGUUCAAGGUCAUUUUCAGCUACAUUACAAGGUCAGCCUGAGCUAUGUACAUAAUACACACAGUGGCCCCCUAAAGAAGUUAAAGAGACAGAUUCAUGUGAAUCAAAGGAAAGGGAACAGUAGUCUGUGUCUUUUAUGUUUCCAGAAUCUUCCUGAUGGCUUUUUAAUGAACUAAGAAAGUCUCUGGAAUGUUUUAACUGCUUUCCCCAUGAAUAAACACUCCAUCUGAAAUUAAAAGAUCUGUAUCUAUCUUUGAGAGUGUAUCAAGGAUUGACUUUUGUCCUUCCUUAUUUUAUUUGCUAUAUUGUUCAUGCUACUGAAGCCUCUGGCUGUUUCUCCCCUAAUUAUUGUGGCUGUUGUAACAGAACAUUCUGUGACAGUUCAGUCACUGCUGUCUUUUUCUGGUGUUGUAAAUUUAAUGUCAUCUCCAUGGGGGAAUUUUAUAUUAAGGGAGUUUGGUACUCCUUUCUACCAACUGGGUGUGUCUGUUAGUGUGGGAGACUAGGACUGGCUGGAAGCCAUGCCUUUGCCUGUUGUCUACAAUGUGAUUUGCUUAAUUUCCUUUUUUCUCUGUCCUUCCCCCAUCCUCUAUCUGCAUUUGAUUAUUGAGUUCAUACUGUAACGGCAGGUAUAGCAUUUUUGUAAGGAGCAAAAAUACAAAUCACUUAUGUAAGCUGGAUUUAAAAAUUAGUGCAUAAUGGGACAUUUUUAUGUAACUCACCCCUGAGAAAAUUUUAAGUUUUCUUUGUUCACUAAAUGUGACCCACCUGAAACCAACAAUCUGUCUUUUAGUAAAUCCAACAGAAAGUUUUUCCUUACCAUUUAAACAGACUCUUAAGAGUAUUAGACAAAGGCAUUGGUCUGUAUUUGGGAGCAAGUGCAAAUAGGGGAGCCAAGGACAGGCACCUGUCUCCAUCGUGAGCUCCUGUGGGGAACAUGCUCCAGUAAGUUACAGGUCUACAAACUGCAACCCAGCUCAUUUUGUUGCUGUCUGCAAGCCAUUU